CCCCGCCUCCUGCCUACUACCGUUCACUCAUUUCUCUUACCUUUUUGCCUUCUAUCCACUCAUUCUCAAGAUUGUGGAGAGACUGAAUUUUAAUUUAAUUCUUGGUUUGUGCACAUCUAUGUUUUAUUCUCUUUGACUCCCUCCUUCCAUCGUUCUUAUUCAACAUUAAUUCUUCAUUUACCUUAACAAGUUGUAACUAAACUUGUCAUGGCUAUUUUCACUUACCAGUACCCUUCUUCUGCUCCAUUGAUCAUCCUCACCAUUACCAUUCUUCUGUUUGUUUCAUCGCUUGAAGGUGCUGAAGCUAACAAAUUCACAUUCAUCAACAAAUGCGAUUACACAGUGUGGCCAGGUAUUCUGGGCAAUCCAAAACUAGACACCACAGGCUUUGAACUCCCCAAAGGCACUUCACGUUCUUUUCAAGCGCCAACAGGCUGGUCAGGGCGGUUCUGGGGCAGAACUGGCUGUAAUUUUGACGGCUCAGGCCACGGCUCCUGUGUCACAGCUGACUGUGGGUCCGGCCAAGUAGAAUGCAACGGAGCCGGAGCCACCCCACCAGCCACCUUAGCCGAGUUCACACUUGGCUCUGGCUCUCAAGACUUCUAUGAUGUGAGUCUUGUUGAUGGCUAUAAUUUACCCAUGAUUGUUGAAGGGAGUGGAGGAUCAGGUGCAUGCGCCACCACUGGAUGUGUGACAGAUUUGAACAGAAGCUGUCCAAAUGAACUGAAAACGGCUGCCGGAGCCGCUUGUAAAAGUGCCUGUGAAGCGUUUGCAAGCCCGGAAUACUGUUGCAGCGGCGCGUAUAAUUCACCAGCCACCUGUAAACCCUCUACGUACUCAAGUAUUUUCAAGGCCGCGUGUCCCAAAUCUUAUAGCUAUGCUUAUGAUGAUGCCACUAGUACAUUUACAUGUAGCGGUGCAGAUUACACAAUUACAUUUUGUCCAACUUUUCCAAGUUUAAAGUCAGCUAGUAAUUCGUCUCCUGUGGGAACAGAAACAACGGAUGAGCCAGAAACAGGUUCAGAAGAAGGGUCAGGAGGUGUUGAGGCAGCUUCAUUCGCAAGUUCAUGGCUGGCAAAUUUGGCCAUUGGAGACUCAACAAGAAUCCAUCCUUGUUCUUCUCUUCAAUAUGGUUUAGUUGUGGCCAUUUAUCUUAUUAUCUCAUCUCAUGUAUGGUGGAUACAGUGAUUUGGAGAGCAGAGAAGAGCACCGACAGAAUGAUAAUUGAUAACCUAAUGGCGACUUUGAUUUUGCCAAGCUAAGGAAAGAUGACAAAAUCCAUAUAGUAAACAGCCCACUUCCAAAUUCAGCUUAUUUUAAUGUUUUUAGUAUUAGUAUGUACAGCAAUGUUUUCUUUUUAGAAAUAGAAGAAGUUUGCUUUUUGCUAUGCA